AUGACCCUUGGAUCAAGGUUAUCGGGCAGCGCCUGGCCGCAAUGGGCCCUCCUCUGCCGCUCCCGCCCGGCUCCGGCGCCGACAACCUUCGCGAUUUCCAACCCCUCUCCUCCUCGGCCGAACCCCCUUCUCGUCGGCAGCUUACCCCUCCGUCGGUCCUCCUCCUCCUCGGAUUUCCCCAAACAUUUCUCCGACCAGUUAGCCCCUCAACGAGACCGCUAUGCGUCCUGGACUGCCGCCCGGGCCAGUAGCGCCAGCAAAGCGGCCGCCGCACGGCAAAAAGAAGCAGCGGCCCUCCGUCGUCCGGCCGAGCCCUCAUUCGUAGACCGCCUCGAGCGGGUUCCCGUGCGCCCACACAUUUUCUGGGACCCAGUCGUCGUGCAGAACCCGAUUGCGCUCCCCGACCCGGUCGAGCAGCGCAAAGAGAACCGGCAUCACCAUCACGCGCUGAAGAGACAGCAGCGGAUUGAGCUGCGCAGGCAGGCUGCGGAGCCUCCGGACUGGAGGUUGAUUCUGGAGGAGUUGAUGGUUGCAACCAGGCCGCAGGAUGUCCCGAAUGAGGUUGUCAAGGUUGAGCUGAUCGAGGAAGGGGCUGUGGAGAGGUUAAAAGGAGAUUUCAGAAAGAAUUUAUGGAAUAUUAAGAGCCACUCGGGGUGUGAUAUUCGGCUGUAUAUGCCGAAAGACGGGGCAGGGGAGGAGAGCAGGCCGUAUCUCCUCCUGACCGGCGAACCGUGGGCGGUGUCUCAGGCUGUCGACGACAUCGUCAAGGUCGCCAAAGACGUCCAAGUUACCCGCUUCAAUAGCACCUCUGACAUAGAAGACCUUCUCCCAUCCCCCGACGAAGAACCCACUUGGAUCGUACCUCCCGAACCGGCGCCCAUCCGCCGCCAGUACACCCUCUACACACGCGCCGACGAGCAUCCGCUCCCCGAACGCUGGACCUUCCAGACCUUCUAUCAGUACAUCGCCACGCUGACCCAGAGCUACAUACCCCCUUACCUCGAACGCACGCUCUACCCCCACCGCACCGAAACUCAUCAAGAAUGCGUCGUGCGCCUGCUCCAUUCCGUCUUCGCCGACCCUGUUGUCUCACGUGCCGCGACAUUGCCCGCGCUCAAGCUCGCGCUGAAGUACUUUGCCCGUGGCGGCGAGCGGUUUGUUUCCGACGCGCAGAAGCUGGUCGAGAGGGCAAAGGCCCUCGGUCUGCCCAUCGACGUGGAGGUGUAUAACCUCCUCUUGCAAGAGACCGUGAAGGCGAAGAAUAUCGUGGCCUUCCGGCCGCUGGUGCACAAGAUGCUUGCAGCCGGACACACGCCCAACAUUCGCACGUGGUGUCACUUUCUGAGGCUGGUAGAGGCCGAGGAGGUGAGGCGGUAUAUCCUGCAGGCGAUGCACACCAAGAACUUUUUCAGCAAGGGGAACCGGCAGGCGGUGAUUCUGGUGUCGAACGAGCUGGCGCAUAAUGAUGCGUACAGGGCCGUUCAGCUGGGGCAGGAUGCAGAGACGUUUCUGCGGGAACAGGCACGGCUGUAUGGCGAGGAAUGGAGGUUGACUCGGGCCGCGGCAAACAGAGUGUUAUACGUGUUUGGCAGCUAUGGAAAAUGGGACGACUGUCGCCGCAUCCUGGAGCACAUGUUUGCCAGCGAGCGGGACCGGCCCAAUGUCAAAACGCUGAAUGUCCUGCUUACGCAUUGCAAGUGUCAUCGCCGGCUGGACGAGGCGUUGAGAAUUUUGGCUAUGUUUGAUGCGCAGGGCAUGACGCAUAUUGUCGAUGAGACAUCAUGCUAUCUAUUGUUCGAGCUCGCGCGCGUGACGCACAAGGCCCAGGUUUUGACUACUGUGUGGAGGUAUGUCCAUUACCUGGCGGACAUGCCGGCUCAUUCCAAUUUGAAGACGAGAGGGAUAAAGUUGUUACAAGGAGGAGAAGAGGUUGAGAAGGUGACGAAGCGGGUCAAAAAGCUCUGGAACGAAACGGAUGGUUCUAGUAUUGCAAGGGAUCAGUGGUUGAGGCGGUUGAUGCUUUGUGAUUUUGGGAGGUGGUAUCAGAAGAAGUAUGGGAGGAGUGUUGAGGAGGUGUUGAAGGGGUUUGUCGAGAGCGAAGCUAUGUCAGCAGCGGGCUCUCAGGUAGAGCACACAACACAACCUCCCGAUUCCCCAUCAUCUUCUGAUCCGGUCCGCCCAGACCACCUAAGCCUAAAGCAAAUCACCCAUCACAGCCCCGGCAAAGCCCUCUAUGGAGCCUUCACCUCCUGGGCUGUUGAACUCAUCCAUCACUCCGAGCCAGCCGUUCCGCUGAGUACGCUUCUGUGCCAGGCUUACGAGAAGGAUCUGUUGAUCCACAGUCUCGUGUGGGAGGGCCCGCCAGAGGGGUGUACGGAUGUCGAGGGGCUAGUGAAGAGAGGGCUAGAGCCUGUGGAAAUACCUCUGAGGAAGAGGGGUUGUUAA